CAUUCGUGGGAUGACGUGGUGAAUGCCGCGUGGCGAAAGUAUCCUAACCCGGUCAAUACUGCAAUCACGGGUAUCGAUGUUCUUCGGCAAGAGCUUUCAAAAGAAGGCGUCUUGCGGUCUGAACGUAUUAUACAGAGUCAUUUUCCAAUUCCAUCUUGGGUUACAAAGGUUGUUAUCGAAGAUUUCAAAGUGCUAUUGUUUUAUCUAGAGGAUGAUUUUGUGACGUUAACAGGUUUUUCUGGAACUCAGUACUCUCAUGAAGUCACAGACAUUGACCCUGUAAAUAAGUGCAUGACGCUGGUUUCGAGAAAUCUUAAUGCCGCGAGUUUUAUACGAGUAGAUGAAAAAUUGAUUUACACUCCAGACCCGACUAACAAUAAUAAAACUAUAUUGAAACAGGAAGCAGCUGUAACCGUUAAUCUGCCAGCUUUUACAGAUUACUGUGAGAAUAGUUUCUUGAAUACUUAUUCAUCAAAUGCGCUAAAGGGCCCAAAAGGGAUUGAGUGGGUUAUUGACCAGAUAAAGCGUGAAUACUCAGGUCUUUCCUCUAAAGUGACGAUUGGUGUGCAAGAUUAUCCCGAUGCUAUGUUAGCACAGGUUCACUCGUAG